AUGCCCGUGGGUCCUGUUCCCUCCACCCCCUCUGCUGAGGCCUCAGUCCUCCCAGACCUGCUAGAGUGGACCCCAGACUUCCAGGAGACCCCAGGGGGCAGGAGAGGGGAGAAUGCUGGAAAAGUUAGGGGGGAAGGGAGAGGGCUGGGCCAGGAGUCACCUGGGCAGGCUGGGGGUCCUGGCCCAGGCGGACCCGGUGAUCAUCUAGUUAGUGGGGGAGGGGCCCGCCAGGGGUGGGGGCCCAGGGCAGCCCCUCCAGGGCCAGACAAUGUGUCUUCCUCAGGAGUCCCAGCAACAGAGGGGCCUACCAGUGAGGUCACAGAGCUCCGUCGUGCCGUUGGGGAAGAGAGCCAGGAGACUCUGAUGAUGAAUUUUGACCAGAAGGCAGUGAAAUUCCUGGCAAAUUUUUACAUCAAUGGAGGCAAACACUGGACCCAUGGCCACCUGAGGCAGACACAACCAGAGCCCACCCAGCCCAAGGCAUCUGUGCUGUUGUUGGGCCCGGAGCCGGGGAUGGCCUGGGAUGAGACACAGCCCCCAAAGAUGAAGGAGAUCCCAGCUGGCCUCAGGUUACAGACGGGCACCCCCCAGGAGUCCCUGCCCACCUACACCCAGACCCUGAGGGAACUGUUGCUGGAGCAACGCCCCCUGAUCACAGCUGACCUGGAAGUCCCCAGCCCCACCAGGUACCAGGUGCCGAGCCCGUCCGUACGAGAGUCCUCCCCACACCCCCACUACAGCAUCGGCUGCAAGCACCAGGGCCGAGAGGGCGGUGGCCGCAGGGCAUGGCAGACUUUGUGGUUCCAGAGCGAAAGCCCCUUCACGCAGAAAGCUGACUUCGACCAAGAGCAAAAGUGGCCCUCGCCAGCCCACUACCAGCUGCUCAGCCGGCCCGCCUUCCCCGCCUUCAGCUUCAGAGGCCGCCACUCCGCUUCCAAGACACCUGAAGGCCGCACCCACCUAGGGCUGCCUGGGGCUAGGGGGCUGGGCCUCAGGGUGCAGCCCCAGUCCCUGCUUCAGGCCUCUUUGCAGGCACCUGGCAAGAGAUGCCCUGGCCCCAACACCUACAAUAUCCUCCCUGGGAGCCGCCUGCAGAGCCCCCGCUCGCCGGCCUUCUCGAUGAGCCGCUCCCCUGCGUUCACCUCCUGGCUCAGCACCUUUGGGGCUGCUACCUGGGUGGGACUCCCAGCCUUCUCUUUCGGCAGCCCGAACCCCUGGCCCAGCCGCCUACCACGUGGAGGACUGCUACAACUCACGCUUCCCUUCGGUGCCUGGCGUGGUCAUCCAGGGUGUGCGCAGACCCAAGCGCCACGACACAGGCCCCUUCUGCACGCUCUAGAGCCAGCUGGGCACAACCUGCUUGGCCCAGCCACCGAGUGGAACCAUGGCCUCCCCCGGGGCUUUCCCAGGCCUCCCCUGGGACUUGGGGCCCCAGUCUGGCCUUCUGACCCUCUGGGCACCCCAAUGCACCCUUCUGGCUGGCCAACCCUUCUAUGGGCUGUGGACAAGGCUGGCCCAGCCUGGAUCCCCCAUCUGCCCAUCUCCCUGCUACACAGAGAUGCUGUUGGUUCUCCCGAGCUCUGUGGUGUGCAGUUGUCUGUCCUUCACCCGGGGGCGGUCCUAGAGAUAUGGCUGCAGCUGGGUCACUUCCGGCUUUCCCUGUUGAGGGGUCUCCAUUCAGCUGCCCUUGAAGGGUACUCUCUUCUCUAGGGUGGCAGCCUGUGACUGACCCUGAGCUCUAGCCUGGAGCGAGAUGGGAGGUGGGCUCUGUGGGACACCCCCACCCAGCCGUGUCACUCAGGGGCCUGGUCCAGCUGCUGUCCACCUGAGGGUCAGCCGCUUGCCGAGUCAGGGAACUGGGAAGGAGGCGUCAAAUGCCCUGAGCCGCCACCUCCAGGUGGGGUCGGCCUGGCCAGACCUCAGGAAGGGCCCAGGGAUCUGCUCACCAGGGCCCAGCCCCACUUCCCCUAGGCCUUGAGCUGAAGACCUGGCUGGGCUUAGUCACCUGUGCCCUGAAAACUCUGGCCCAGGGCCCUGCAGACUCCACUCCCCGGGCCUUCACCUGCUGGGACCCUGCACUGCCCCUGCCUGCAAGUUCGCCUGGCUGGGGCCUCCCUUGUCAUCACUGGCCUGCCCUCCUACCCAGGGUCGGGCCCCAAGGCUGCCACCUUGCAGGAGCCUUACCUGCGGUGCCGUCACCCGCACCUCCCCAGGUCCUCCCCAGACCAGGCCCAGAGCUCAACCCCUUCAAAAAGGCUCUGGGCAGCUGCUUCUGUGGCCUCAGCACCACCCCCUUUCUCAGAGAGGAAUCCCAGGCUCAGGAUUGUGUGUGUGCUGUGACCCUUGUCCUCCUCUGCCACCGAACCAGCUGGGGGUUGGAUCAAGGCACUGGAACCCUCGCCCUUGGGCUGACCAACUUGGCCAGCGGCAGGAGAGCUGUGGUAGCCAUGGCCUUGGGAGCUCGGCCCGGCUUGUGGGUAUAGGAGCUCUGCUCACGGCUGCACGACCAGGCACCCCUGGUGAGACCCAAAGCUAGGAGUGGGAGCGGCAGGAAAGAUGGAGCGAUCUCCUCCAGCUGGGCUGAGGAGGGAGGGCUUCCUGGAGGAGGUGGUGGAGGAAGAAGCCUUCAAGGAAGAGCAAGAGUUUGCUGGGCAGCGGGAAAGAAAUUUCUAGAGAAAAUUUCAGCAGCGGAGACCGAAAAGAGAGAGGGUGUGUGUAGGGGGCUUGGCGCGGCACAGCCUGCGGGAGGGCGGCGGGCUGGAGAGGCGGGGAGGCCCGGGGAGCCCACCCGCCUGGGAUAAGGGACACUGUGGA